AGGGAUUGUGGGUAGGGCACUUUCACGUCAGCCAUAUUGCUCCAACGUCCUGCCUGAAGGAGAGAGGGAGAUGAAGGGGAUUCGGGGAAUAAGUCAGCUCUCGACGAGGCUUUACGCGGCCCAGGCUGCCCGUAAGGUGGAGUUCACUGGAGCCGCCGAGCACGUUAAGUUUCAGCCGCAGGAUGUGCAGGUGACUAGACUGCCCAGCGGACUGGUGAUCGCCUCCCUGGAGAACUACUCCCCAGCCUCCAAGAUCGGAGUGUUUGUCAAGGCCGGUUGUCGCUAUGAGACGCCUGACAACCAGGGGGUCACCCACCUCCUCCGGUUGGCCUCCAACCUGACAACCAAAGGAGCUUCGUCUUUCAAGAUAUGCCGGGGUGUUGAGGCCGUGGGAGGCAACCUGAGUGUGACUUCAUCCAGAGAGAACAUGAUCUACACCAUUGACUGCUUGAGAGAUGACAUUGACACCGUGAUGGAGUAUUUGAUCAACGUGACAACCGCCCCAGAGUUCCGGGUCUGGGAGGUGUCAGACCUUACGCCCCGAGUCAAGAUUGACAAGGCCCAAGCUGCACUCAGCGCUCAAAUAGAUGUGAUUGAAGGUCUACACGCAGCGGCCUACAAGAACGCUCUCUGUAACUCCCUGUACUGUCCCGACCACAUGGUUGGCAAAAUCCAGUCCGGGCAUCUGCAUCAGUUUGUCGAGAACAAUUUCACAAGCUCAAGAAUGGCUCUUGUUGGACUUGGCGUGGACCACACGAUGCUGACGCAAGUUGGGGAGCAAUUCCUCAACAUCCGCAGCGGGGCCGGCACCACGGGGGCCGAGGCUCAGUACCGCGGAGGUGAGAUCCGACUGCCCGGCGCCGACGGUCUGCUGCACUCGGCGGUGGUCAGCCAGGCGGCGGCGGCGGGCACCGGCGAGGCGAUGGUGUUCAGUGUGCUGCAGCACCUCCUGGGAGCUGGUCUGCAAGUCAAGAGGGGCUCAGGCACCACCAGCAAACUGGUCCAGGGUGUUGCCCAGGCAACCGCUGACCCCUUUGACGUCAGCGCUUUCAACUCCAGCUACUCUGACUCCGGUCUGUUCGGAGUCUACAUCAUUUCACAGCCUGCGGCUGCCGGUGAUGUGAUCAAGGCCGCUCUCGCCGAGGUGAAGGCCGUUGCCGAUGGUGGAGUCACGGCCGCCGACCUCACUCGGGCCAAGGCCCAGCUGAAGGGGCAGUUCCUCAUGUCACUGGAGACUUCGGAGGGUUUGCUGGAGUCCAUCGGCACUCAGGCUCUGGCCGAGGGAUCCUACUGCUCCGGAGAGGAAGUCUCCAAAAACAUCGACAACGUCUCCUUGACGGACGUCUCCAACGCUGCCAAUAAAUUUGUGACCGGCAAGAAGACGAUGGCGUCCAGCGGCAACCUCAUAAAAACACCCUUCGUGGAUGAGAUCUAAAGCCGGUUCACCGUUAGCUCGUCCUGCAGCAGAUGUUGUUUCCUCUCCAUCUUGACAGCAUGAUGUUGUUCUGAGGGAAAUAAUGUCAUGACACCACUGGGUAUUUAUAGGCGCUGUAACCGUAUAUCUAUAUAUAUAUAUAUACAGUUGAUGCUCUGUUGCAUCACAAUACUGUGCUCUGCUCAUCUGUCCACAUUAACUGUAUAGCUAAUGUAAAAUAAUGAAUACAUUCUAUCUACCUGACAAGA